AUGAACGGUAACCCUUGUGCCCGCAGGCUGGCCCGGCGCUCCCGGUCCGCCCUGCUGGUCGCCGCUCUGGCCGUCCUGCUGGUCCAGACUCUCAUCGUGUGGAACUUCAGCAGCCUGGACUCCGGGGACGGAGGCGCCAGGAGCCGGGAGAAGAGAGAGGAGCGGACCGGGGGGCUCAACAAAGCCGACGGGGAGCACCCGAGGAGGGGGCUGCAGACGAAGGGCGACCCGCCGCCGCCGCCGCUGCUCGGGAAGGCGGCCGCUCGGCACAAGCUGCAGGCGGACGUCUACCACUCCCACCGCCCUAAAGAGAAACUUCGGCCAGACAGCAACAACAACGAGAACUCCGUCCCCAAAGACUUCGACACCAUCGACAGCAACAGCAACCUGGGAGCUCAGUCGCAGCACCAGCAGGCGCCAGUCGGAAACAACAAACGCAAGCCUGAGAAGGCCCAAGCUCAGAGCGUUCUGUCAAAAUCUGACGUCCUCAAGUUUCCCCCCGUCCAACCCAGAGUGACGGGCCACAACCACAACCACACUCACAUCCGCAAGGCCCACCCCCAGCUGCCCACCGCCCCAGCGCCAGCCCCGGGGUCCAACCAGGAUCCACCCUUCUACCAGACUAGGAAGCCGGCUUCUCCGUCACUGCCACCCGGUCCAGAGGCCAGAAAGGAGCAGCCACAGUGCGAGAUCAGCGGCAAAGAAGCCAUUUCAGCCCUGUCCAGAGCCAAGACCCGCGAGUGUCGGCAGCAGAUUGUGGAGGUGUACUGCAAGCACAAAGAGAGGGCGCUGAUGCCGGAGAAAGUGCCACGAUACUGCCCCAUCGAAGGUAAGACUAACGUCAAUGUGCAGUGGGAUGAAGACGCCUCGGAUGCUGCCACACCUGUACGAAUUGCUUUCGUCCUGGUCGUCCACGGUCGAGCUUCACGACAGUUUCAGCGUCUCUUCAAAGCCAUCUACCACACCUCUCACUAUUACUACAUCCAUGUAGACCAGAGGUCCAACUACCUCCACAGAGAGGUUCUGUCUCUGGCCGGCCGGUACCAGAACGUCCGGGUGACUCCCUGGAGGAUGUCCACCAUCUGGGGCGGGGCCAGCCUGCUGACCAUGUACCUACGCAGCAUGGACGACCUCCUCAAAAUGACUGACUGGUCCUGGGACUUCUUCAUCAACCUGAGCGCUGCCGACUACCCCAUCAGAACCAAUGCACAGCUGGUGGGUUUUCUGUCCAAGUACCGAAACAUGAACUUCAUCAAGUCCCACGGCAGAGACAAUGCACGGUUCAUCCGUAAACAGGGCCUGGACCGACUCUUCUACGAGUGCGACACUCACAUGUGGCGUCUCGGUGACCGCAAGAUCCCCGAAGGCAUUGCCGUGGACGGAGGCUCCGAUUGGUUCCUGCUCAACCGGCCCUUUGUGGACUACGUGGUCAACUCCAGAGACGAGCUGGUUGGCAACAUGAAAAGAUUCUACGCCUACACACUGCUGCCCGCCGAGUCGUUCUUCCACACCGUCCUGGAGAACAGUGCCCACUGUGAGACCAUGGUGGACAACAACCUGAGGCUCACCAACUGGAACCGCAAACUGGGCUGUAAGUGCCAGUACAAGCACAUCGUGGACUGGUGCGGCUGCUCGCCCAACGACUUCAAGCCCUCAGAUCUGCCGCGAUUCCAGCAGGCCUCUAGGCCGACCUUCUUUGCUCGGAAGUUUGAGGCCAGCGUCAGCCAGGAGAUCAUCAGCCAGCUGGACGCCUACCUGUUUGGAUCUUUCGCCUCUGGAACACCAGGCCUGCAGGCCUACUGGGAGAACAUCUACGAGGAGGAGACGGACGCACCGGCCAGCCUCUCGGACGCCACACUCAGCCACUACCACGCCUUCACUCGCAUGGGACUGUCCAGGGCCGCCAGCUCGCUGCAAGGACACCCCAACGACAACAGCUGCAGGUACGCGGCCAUGAGCCACCCGGUGUCAGUGCACCUCUACUUCCUGUCGGACCAGUUCCAGGGCUACCUGGUGCGUCAUGUGGCCACCAACAGAGCCUCCACCCAGCUGGAGAGUCUGGAGACCUGGGUGGCCCCCAAAGACCACUUCAGCCUGGCCAGCCCCCCCCACAGCACCAACAGACUGCUGCACAUCCAGGUGGGGUCAGACUGGGAUCCAAAGGAGCGUCUCUUCAGGAACUGGGGAGGCCUGCUGGGCCCUGAGGACGAGCCGGUGGCUGUUCAGCGCUGGAGCCGCACUCAGAGCAACCUGACGGCUACCGUGGUGUGGAUCGACCCAACCAACGUCAUCGCCGCCACAUACGACAUCCUGGUGGACGCCUCCGCCGAGGUCACGCACUACCGGCCGCCGCUCACCUCACCGCUGAGGCCCGGCGUCUGGACGCUGAGGGUUCUGCACCACUGGAGCCCGCUGGGCCAGACCAGCUUCAUCGUCGCCCCGCUGGAGUUUCACCGACAACAGCCGAUACAGCAAGAGGCGGCCCGGCGGCUGCACGGCGGCCCACCCAGGAACUCCUACAUGGAGCAGAGCUUCCACGGCCUGAACCCGGUGCUGCGACUGCCGGUGAGCCUUGGUGCCGUGGAGGAGGCCGAGGCCAACGCCGGCCUGACGGGGGCGCCGCUGCGUCGCUGGCUGGACGCCCUGCUGGAGGCCCACUGGUCGGCCUCGGACGUCUGCUCGGCGGGGCCCAGCGCCUGCCCCGUCAUGCAGCGCUGCCGCCUCACCGCCUGGAGCUCCGCCAGCCCCGACCCCAAAUCCGAACUGAGCGCGCCCAGAGACGACGGACGAAUCAGGUAGCAGGCGGACGGACUGAGGGAGGACGAGCAGAACAAAUGAAGGAAAGCCGAUAUUUAUUUAUUUAACGUUUGUGGGAACGACGGAAAACUGUCUCCUUCAGUCUGAUCUCACUUUAAUUUGGGACUACGAAGCUGCGAGUGAACGAGUGAAUGAAUGAGUGAGUGAUGGAGGAGCGUCAGAAGAACUCUAUACCUCUAGUUGUGUCUCCUGGGUUAGUUUGCUUUACAUGUUCACAUGCUAAAACGGACGUGGACACUCGUUUUUAGGCUCAUUAUUUAGAGAGAAAAACAACAAACAAACCUUAAAACUGUGGCACCAAUUCAAGAGUUCAAAUCUGUUUUUAUUGGGAUUCUGUUUAUUGGAUUCCAGGCAGUUAUCCUGAAUUAUUUUAAAGGAAACCUCCCAAUCAGAGAACUUUUAUACGAAUAAAUUCUAUGAAGGCAAAUUGAAAAGUCAGUCAAGUCACUUAUUUAGACAACACAAGUGUUUUUGAAUAGAGAAAUAAGAUCACAAAUUUACUGGCCAAGAUCUUACAUUUAUUUUCGAAUUUACCUGACUAGUUUGAAUAUUGACGUUAAAACCCUAUAAUAUUAUAAACUGCAUCAAACUGCCUGACUAAUUUAA